AUGGCUCAAGACGAUACUUCUAAACUUCAUGUCCUCCCUGCCUUUGUGCCGUUCUUUUGGUCGUUUGUUGGCAUUGGAAUCGUACUCUUCAUCUACUCGAUAAAAUACGCAAAGAAAUAUUGUACGACUGCAGCCUUCCUCCUCACGCCAUUCAUUUGUAUCAGUCUUAUCUUUGACAAUGUCAUUAUGGCUACAACAGGCAUCGAUCGACGAUGUACCAGUACUCAAGCCAUGUUAGCGUUCCAUGCAUGUAUCACUCCUAUGUUGUUAUUAGUGUAUUAUGAAUUGGCGUAUUUGGUACACAAGCACAAAUCAGUAAAUUUCUGUGGAAUCUCGUUUGAAAGUGAUCAUCGAGAAUGUCGAAGCAUUGGGACAAAUACAAGAGCAAGAGCUUUGGGUUACUCAUUUUAA